GAGCGCCCCCCCUUCCCAAUGUGCCUGUCAUCGCCUGGCGUCCAAUCCAAGACUGAAAACCCAGCUGCUGCUCCUCCGGCUUGGUUCUACGGCGACGAUGCGGGACUGAGGCAGGUGUGUUUUGCCGAUGUUGCACAGACGUACGAUCCGUUUUUACAGGAAACCAGGCCGCACAUGCUAAUGUCGCAUCGCUUGCUAAUCUAGUGCUGCCCCUGGCGUCGUUGGACAGAGAAUCAUGCAGCUCUCGGCCUCCCUUCUGUUUGUCUUCUACUUGGCAUUCUCCUGUACUGGUUCUCUGCUGCUUGCUGAUAUACUGCACAGCGACGGAGAAGAUGACACGGGUUACGGGCCAGUAUUCGAGGAAGAGCCACAAGACCUGAUCUAUCCGGAGGAGUCACCGGAGGCCAAAAUCACCAUCAACUGCAGAGCACGAGCAGAUCCACCAGCCACUUACAAGUGGAUUCUGAACGACAACUUUACCCAUCCUCUGGAGGUGCCCGACAGGCACUUCAGCCAGGUGGAGGGCAACCUGGUGAUCAGCAGCCCGGUCAAAAGCCUGCAUGCCGGGAAAUUCGCCUGCUUGGCCCAGAACCGAUACGGCAGCGUCCUGAGCAAGGGGGCCACGGUCACGUUCGGCUACCUGGACAUGUUUUCCACGGAGGAGAGGAGGGCUGUGCAUGUGAAAGAGGGGCAGGGGGCGGUGCUACUCUGUGCAACACCCCCACACAACCCAGCGGAGCUGUCGUUUCGCUGGAUGCUGGAUGAGUUCCCCAUCUUCAUCCAGCUGGACGAGCGGCGGUUCGUGUCCCAGCAGAACGGGGACCUCUACAUCUCCAAGGUGGAGUCCACCGACAGUGGCAACUACUCCUGCUUUGUGUCCAGCCCGUCCAUCGCCAAGAGCGUCUUCAGCAAGUUCAUCCCCCUCGUCCCGCAGGCGGAACAAAUCGGCAGAAAGGGGCCAAGAAGAUACCCGGCUGAUAUAAGAGUGAGGUUUCCAAAAACCUACGCUCUGGUCGGACAGAACAUCACACUGGAGUGCUUUGCCCUGGGAAACCCCGUACCGGAGAUCCAGUGGCGGAAGGUGGAGGGGGAGCUGCCGGCCAAUCACGAGAUCGGCAUGUCGGGAGCCACGCUCCAAAUCUACAACGUGCAGAUGGAGGACGAGGGCACCUACGAGUGCGAGGCGGGCAACGUCAAAGGCAAAGACUCGCACGAGGCCUGGCUGGGAGUGGAAGCUGCGCCAGAGUGGACGGCUCAUGUGACCGACAUGGAAAAAGACAUCUACAGCGAGCUCAUCAUGUCCUGCCAGGCUACGGGCAAACCCCAGCCGUCCAUCCGCUGGCUGAAGAAUGGAAAUUCGUACGGUAAAGGAGAGCUGAAGUUUAGCAGGCUCUCGUCUGAGGACUCCGGGAUGUACCAGUGCAUCGCGGAGAACAAACACGGAGUGAUCUACGCCAACGCAGAAUUGCGCGUGACUGCCUGCGCGCCCACAUUUGAACGCAACCCUGUGAAGAAGAGGCUUCUGGGAGCCAAAAACGGGCGCGUGGUCAUCGAGUGCAAGCCGAAGGCCUCGCCCAGACCCGUAAUCUCCUGGAGCAAAGGAACGGAGCUGCUGUCCAACUCCUCACGAAUACACAUCUGGCACGACGGCAGCUUGGAGAUCCUGAACGUCACUAAGAUGGACGAAGGCCGGUACACCUGCUUCGCCGAAAACCACCUGGGCAAAGCCAACAGCACCGGAGACCUCUCCAUCACAGAGGCCACUAAGAUCACGCUGGCUCCGUCGAACGCCGACGUGACGGUGGGGGAAGACGCCCGCAUGCAGUGCGCGGCAUCGCACGACCCCAGCCUGGAGAUCGACUUCAUCUGGUCCGUCAACGGGCGCGUCGUUGACUUCGACCGCGAGUGGGAGCACUACCAGCGCGACAAGGCCGGGACGCGCGACUCCAGUGGAGAGCUGAGGAUAGCGAACACCCAGCUGAAGCACUCUGGCCGCUACACCUGCACCGCCCACACCGUCGUGGACAACAGCACUGCCUCUGCCGAGUUGGUGGUGAGAGGCCCCCCCGGGCCCCCAGGUGGGGUGAAGGUGGAGGAGGUCAAGGACAAGUCGGUGAAGCUGGUCUGGAGCAGAGGGACAGACAACCACAGCCCCAUCUCCAAGUACACCAUCCAGUACAGAGACUCCUUGGAUCCUGAAGAGUGGAAGAACGCCACCACCUCUCCUCUCAACGUGGAGGGCAACGCGGAGACGGCCACCGUGGUCGAUCUGAUACCCUGGACGGAGUACGAAUUUCGGGUGAUCGCAACCAACACCCUCGGGACGGGCGAUCCCAGUAGCCCCUCCCACAAAAGCAGGACCAGAGAAGCAGUUCCAGUGGUCGCACCCUCGGACAUCGGAGGAGGGGGCGGGGCUAGCAAGGAGCUGACCAUCACCUGGACGCCUGUUCAGCCGAAGUACUACUACGGGUCAAACUUCGGCUACAUCGUGGCCUUCAAGCCCCGCGACAGCCCGGAGUGGAUGAAGGUGAUGGUGGCCGACGCGGAGGCCAGGCACUACAUCCACAAAGACACCUCCAUCCCCUCAGCCACGGAGUUCCUAGUGAAGGUCAAAGCCUACAACAGCCAGGGGGAGGGGCCCUACGGCCUGACCGCCGUCAUCUACUCGGCCCAGGACGUUCCCACCGAGGCCCCUGCAAAGGUGGAGGCGGAGACCCUGUCAGCCACCGAGGCCCGGGUGUCAUGGCAGCCCGUCGACCAGCCGGUGGUGGAGGGCUACCAGGUCAGGUACUGGCGGAAGCACCAUGACAACGAGGCCUCCUCUCACAGAGUGCAGGUGCCGGCGUCACAGAAACACAUCGAGCUGAAGAACCUGCAGCCCAACUCCCACUACCUGAUCGAGGUGCGGGCGUUCAACACGGCCGGAUUCGGCCCCGCCGGCGACGUCUUCGAGGUCUACACCAAGAAAGCGCCUCCAAGUCAGGCUCCUAAAAUCAUCAGCAAGAAAAUGAGCACCAGCAAGUCCACGGUUAACAUUGCCUGGGAGCACGUGGUGCCUCUGGCCAACGAGUCCACGAUACAGGGGUACAAGGUCCUGUACAGGCAGGCGGACCACAAGACGGGGACCCUGUACACCACCCGAAAACACUACAUAGACCUCCCCGCCCCUAUAAAGGGGGACUACGUGGUGGAGGUCCGCGCUCACAGCGAGGGGGGGGACGGAGCAGUGGCCGCAGUGCGCAUUUCAGGUGGGGCAGUAAUGGCAGCUCAGUCCCUCAGCCUGAUCGCCCUCCUCCUCCUCUCUCUCUGUCUGCUGGGACUCUGAGUGUAGCCGCCGCCGCCGCUCCAGGACUCUGUGCGUACGGCGCCGACGCGGAUUCGGCUCCUUCCACUGCUUUCCAAGGUCUCGCCCAGCCGCCAAAUACGGCAUUCCCCGGAAUACUGAUGUGGAAAAAGAUGCGUCACAAAAAACAAAAAAAACAAAAAACAAAAAAAGAAUUGGAGAAUUGGGAACAGACAAAAUACAUCAAGGACAUCCCCCCUACUGUGUAGUACCUAAGAAAUCUCACCGGAGGAGGAUCAAAGGAGUUCUUUUAACUUGUUCAGUAUGCCUUAUAUACACUGAUAAUUUACAGCUGCACCACUUACUCUUGUGGGGUGAAAUAGUGAGUAAUGAACUCAGCAACGCUUUUGGGAUUCAUCCUCCACACCAUAAUGUAGUCCCAGCUAAGGGGCUGUGGCGGCCCUAUAGAAUGCCAUGUUAAAAAUAAAAUAAAUAAAUAAAAUAAAAAGCUCUAAUGGAAAUAAAUUAUUCACAAUUUAAAGCAUUAUGUCAAAUUAGAAAAUGUAUAGUUUCAAAGGAUAAGAGUAAGAGGAACUGGAUUUGUCUUAUGUGUCGUUUGAAAAAAUGGUCAAUGGGUUCUUCCCCUUCAUUACAGAAUGAAGCGCCCUUCUCUCGAAUGCAAGAAUCUCAAACUCACAGUCCCAGAGAGCUGUGGUGUCUGCUGGUUUUGGGUGUGUUUCUGCAAGUUGCUGAUUGACUGAAGAGUCCAAACACCUUGUUUCCAAGGCCGAAAUUGGCCACCGAUUGAAAGGAAACCACCGUUAGAUACUAUGGCCCUCCAGGACUGGAGUUACACCUGCAGACACAGCGCCCCCACCAGGCCUGGAGUUUGAGAUCCCUGCCUUGCAGAGAUGCAGUCAAAACAAACAUCCAUCCAUGAUUCCGGCUGACAUUACACUCCACAAUAACAAUAACAGGCAUUUAAUUGUACAGCAUAUUAUGUGGUACUGCAAUGCAUACAAAAGCCUACUUUUGUUAACAUCAAGGUGUUAAAAAGUUGCAGGUCUGUUACGGAUACAAUUUCUUCCAUUACUGUGUCCUUAUAAAUUAGAAUUUGUUCUUAAGUGAUUGGAUUAAUAAAUGUUAAAUUAAAAUACAAUAGGUAGAAUACAUGCUUAUACUCCAUUCUAGUGGGACUACUAACAAACAGGUAAGUAGAAAUAAAUUGUGCUGUAACUGCAUGCAUAAACACACACACACACAACAACAACAAUUUGUAUCUGUAUUAUGAAGCUGAUCUGUAUUAUCAAGCAGAAGAUAUUUAGGGUUAUAAAAGUGAAUACAGAAAAACUAUGAAGACAAUAAUGAGGAACAGUGCUGGUCUUUUUGCAGACAGCCACAGCCUGCUCAAACUGUGUUCUGUUUCAGUGAACUACACAAGCUGGAUAAUCUUUCAGGGGAUUUCCAUAAAAUAGACUUGGUCAGUGAUAGUGAACUCUAAUGGAGUGAUUCUGCAAGGUUUGGGGACCACAGGAGCUGUGGCUUAAGUUUGGGAGACUUGCAUAACUUCUGGGACACUUACAUAAUUGAAAGGGCAUCACCUUAAUCGUAGAAAGCAGAGAGAAGCUUAACCAAUAGCUGAGAUGUUGGCAACCAGUAGAACAAUGACAACAAUGACUGGUGGAUUCUUUUCGGCUGUACUUCUGAAUCCCUGUGGGAAUUACCAGGAAGUAGCUGGAAAGUGUCCACCAAUCAGCAUGUAUUGUUCUAUUGGUUGCUAUGAACGUGAUUGGUGGAGCUGCUUUCUGUUAUAAGAGCACGGUGACAUCAGGACCAUCUUAUCCAUGUUUCAGCCUACUCCCUUUAGGCUAGGGGCAGGCUGUCCAGAGGUUCUACUGCCAUGUCAGCUGUGACACAGCUGACAAUCGUUUCCUCAGCGUUGCUAUCGCCACGAUAAAGUUGCUACAGCUUUGCAGCAAUAUUGUAAGAAUGUUGUGUGUUAGCUGUGGUUGUCUAUUGCCUGGACUGCAGUAGAGAUUAAUGUACCCCUGCAGUAAGGUACGAUUCUCAGAGCACAAGCGGGUGUUUGUUUUGACUGUAACUUUGGGGUUUUCUGUGUUCCAUGCUGGUGCUGUGUAAAGAAUGUUGAUGUUUUAUUUUAUUACUGUUUUUUCUUUUUUUUUUUCCUUAAUGUUUUAGUCCGAGUGUGAUUAUUGACAUUAUGCAGUGGUUGUGACACAGCUGGCUAAAGUCAUAGUGCAAUGUCUGAUGCUUCAACGAUGACUAGCUUUGAAUGCCAUUUUAAUGCUUCAACCUGGUCCUUAGGCAUAGUGUUUACUGUCGCAUAGAACAAGUAAAAGGAAGAUACUAAUCUGUUGAUUAACCUGGAGAAGCCACACUACAUGUACACCUCCAUUUUGAAAAAUAUCUUUGUUAACAUUAUGAUUUUUGUACUAAUCUUUUUUGUCUUUUAAUAUGAAGGAUGACAAGGACGUUGUUCAGAGAUUUGUCCCAUCAGACUUCCUAAUUUUUACUGGUCAUUGCUCAUUUCUGGCGUGACUUGCCAUUUGAAUGACAAAGUAAAUGUAUAAUUGUUCCAUUAAAAUUUAAAGAAAGAUACAUUCCAUUUAGAUCAUGCGCAAACACCUUUCAACUCGACUAACAAUGGUGCGCCAUACGCAUUGUGAGAUACUAUAUCGACGCCAUCACAAAGUGCUUCUUCUGCUCCCUACAUACGCAACCAGUCUCUGGAGAAAAUUGCCAAAUGCAUGAAUGCCUUUAAAUUUGCGAUCUAUGCUACGCAGACAAAGUGGUACAUCUUACUGCGCGCGAGUCGGAAACGAAAGCUUCGUCUCUUGCAGCACACGGACUCACGUACUGAUCGGCUAGAUCCGGCCCGCCUUUUGUGGACUGAACAUUCACCCGUGUGAGUGAAACUCUUCUCUGUCAGAAAAAAAUAAUGUAGAUGAGCCUAAUCUCUGUAUUACGGUAUUUGCUUCAAUAAAGCCAGUCUUCUCAAUUAAAGUUUAUAUAGACAAAACCAAA